AUGGCUAAUCUCAGAAGGAUGAAGAAUAAGCUAUUAUUACUAUUAUUAUUAUUAUUAUUAUUAUUAUUAUUAUUAUUAUUAUUAUUAUUAUUAUUAUUAUUAUUAUUAUUAUUAUUAUUAUUAUUAUUAUUAUUAUUAUUAUUAUUAUUAUUAUUAUUAUUAUUAUUAUUAUUAUUAUUAUUAUUAUUAUUAUUAUUAUUAUUAUUAUUAUUAUUAUUAUUAUUAUUAUUAUUAUUAUUAUUAUUAUUAUUAUUAUUAUUAUUAUUAUUAUUAUUAUUAUUAUUAUUAUUAUUAUUAUUAUUAUUAUUAUUAUUAUUAUUAUUAUUAUUAUUAUUAUUAUUAUUACUAUUAUUAUUAUUAUUAUUAUUAUUAUUAUUAUUACUGUUAUUGUUAUAUGACGACUAUACUACUGUAACUACUAUGUUACCAUUUUUAUUACAACUUACUACGGUUAUUACUAUCGUUAUUACUGUUUCUAUUAUUAUAUUAUUCUAUUAUUAUACUAUUGUAUAA